AUGUUCUGUCUCCAGGGCGACGGCUCCACGUUCCUGCAGCUGGGCUCGUCCAUCGAGCAGCAGGUGAACGGGAUGUUCAAGGUGAUGGAGGAGUACAACUGGGACAGCUUCGCCGUGGUGACCAGCCUGUAUCCCGGAUACGACACCUUCGUGGACUACAUCCGCUCCUUCACCGACACUUCCUACUUCCUGUGGGAGCUGCAGGACUCGCUGAGCUUCGACAUGUCGGCCGACGGCAUGAACGACCUGCGCGCGCGACGGCUCCUGCAGCAGGUGGACGCCCAGGUGCUGCUCGUCUACUGCUCCCACGACGAGGCCCAGUACCUGUUCCGCGUGGCCCGCCAGGUGGGCCUCAUCGGGCCGGGCUACAUCUGGUUCCUGCCCAGCGUUGCCGUGGGCAACCCCAACGUGGCGCCGCCCGACUCGUUCCCGGUGGGCGUGAUCUCGGUGAUCUCGGACCGCUGGAAGAUGAGCCUGCGCAGCCGCGUGCGCGACGGAGUGGCCAUCGUGGUCAAGGGAGUCCAGAGCUUCCGCAAGCGGUGGGGCGUCGUCCCCGAGGGACACAACGACUGCUACACACCCGUCCGGCCGCCCGGCAACGACACACUCUUCAGACACAUGUUGAACGUGACAUGGGAGUACACAGACUUCUCCUUCAACAGCGACGGCUACCUGGUCAACCCCUCCAUGAUCGUCAUCACCCUCGACCGCGAGAGACAAUGGGACAAGGUGGGGCGUUAUGAGUCGAGUAUUCUGCAGAUGCGGUACCCGGUGUGGCCUCGUUACGGGACGUACCUGGAGCAGGUGUCCGAUAACCGCCACCUCACCGUGGCAACGCUGGAGGAGCGGCCCUUCGUCAUCGUGGAGGCCGUCGACGCGGCAACCGGGACCUGCCUCAGCAACACCGUGCCGUGCCGUCGCCAGUCCAAUAAGACGGAAGCUAUUGUAGGGCACUCAGAGCCCUAUACUAAGCUGUGCUGUAAGGGUUUCUGUAUUGACAUCCUGAAGAAGCUCUCGCGCAACAUCAAGUUCUCCUACGACCUCUACCUGGUCACCAACGGCAAACACGGCAAGCUGGUGCGCGGAGUCUGGAACGGCAUGAUCGGAGAGGUGGUGUAUAAGAAGGCGGACAUGGCCAUCGGUUCUCUGACCAUAAAUGAGGAACGUUCCGAGAUCAUCGACUUCUCGGUUCCCUUCGUGGAGACGGGCAUCAGCGUCAUGGUCGCCAGGAGCAACGGAACCGUCUCUCCCUCUGCCUUUCUAGAGCCCUACAGCCCAGCGGUGUGGGUGAUGAUGUUCGUCAUGUGCCUGACCGUGGUGGCCAUCACCGUCUUUGUCUUCGAGUACUUCAGUCCAGUGGGCUACAACCGCAGCCUCAUCAGUGCCAAAGAUCCGGGCGGUCCUACCUUCACCAUCGGGAAGUCUGUGUGGCUCCUGUGGGGAAUCGUGUUCAAUAACUCGGUUCCAAUCGAGAACCCCAAAGGAACCACCAGCAAGAUCAUGGUUCUAGUGUGGGCCUUCUUCGCCGUCAUCUUCCUGGCCAGCUACACCGCCAACCUGGCCGCCUUCAUGAUCCAGGAGCAGUACAUCGACACCGUGUCCGGCCUCAGCGACAAGAAGUUCCAGAAGCCUCAGGAGCAGUACCCGCCAUUCCGCUUCGGCACUGUUCCUAACGGGAGCACUGAAAGGAACAUCCGGAGCAACUACCCCGAGAUGCACGCACACAUGGUCAAGUACAACCAGAAGGGUGUGGAGGACGCACUCAACAGCCUCAAAACAGGGAAGCUGGACGCGUUCAUCUACGACGCGGCGGUGCUCAACUACAUGGCAGGGAAGGACGAGGGCUGCAAGCUGGUCACCAUCGGCUCGGGGAAGGUCUUCGCCACCACGGGCUACGGCAUCGCCCUGCAGAAGGACUCGCGCUGGAAACGGCCCAUCGACCUGGCGCUGCUGCAGUUCCUCGCCGACGGCGACACGCAGAAGCUGCAGACGGUGUGGCUGACGGGCAUCUGCCGCAACGAGAAGAAGGAGGUGAUGAGCUCCAAGCUGGACAUCGACAACAUGGCGGGCGUGUUCUACAUGCUGCUGGUGGCCAUGGGGCUCAGCCUGCUCGUCUUCUCCUGGGAGCACCUGCUCUACUGGAAGCUGCGCCACUCCGUCAGGAAGGCCCACCGGCUGGACUGUCUGCUCGGCAUCAGCAGGGGCAUCUACAGCUGCUUUAACGGCGUGGAGGAGGACACGGAUCGCUCCGGAACGCUGCAGAGCCCCGACGUGACGGGCAGCUACACGCAGCACAACAUGCUGAAGAUGCUGCGCAGCGCCAAGGACAUCGUGUCCACCGCACGCCUCGACAACUCCCUCGACUCCGCCGCCAAGACCAUCGAGAGCUGGGGUCGUCACCGCGGCGACGGAGGGCUCGGGGUCGGGGUCGGAGGGGUCGGGGGGGUCGUCAACCCCUGCAUGCCCCCCCAGCGUGACCUGCUGCCGCACGGCCGACUGCCCUACGUGUCCAGCAUCAGCGAGCAUCCCCUGGGCUACCACCAGAGGGCGCUCACGCCCAGCUUCCCCCAGCACUACGGCGACGCCGUCAGCUCCGCCCAGACGCUGCUGGAGCCUUCGUCCCGUCUCGGGGGGGUGGGGGGGGGCACACUGGGGGGGGGGUCAGCAUCGGCCUCGUCCUCGUCUCGGCCCGCUCCUCUGCGCUACACGCUGCCGGCGCGCGGGUCGGGUCACUGGCUAGAGCGCUACACGCUGCCCAUCUCCAGCCUGAGCAGCCCGCACCUGGCCAUGCAGCAGGAGCAGGACCCGCCCUCGCCACCACCAGGUGGCAGCCACCCCCACCUCCCGCCAGGCCACGCCCGCUUCUACGUGGGCACGCCCCCUCUGCCCCCACGCCACGCCCCCUCCUCCUCCACCUUCCCCUUCCUGCGCUACCGCGAGGCGUCAGCACCCGACAUCUACUCCACCACCACCACCACCAGGGGGCGCCAGCCUCAGCCUCAGCCCCGCUCGCCCGUCGCUGACCUCUCCGCUCCGCUGACCCCAGCAGCCGCCGCCGGACGCAAGAAGCAGCGUUCGCACAGCUACGUGCUGGGAGGCUCCUCCCCCGACGCCGCUAUCGCCCGUCGCCGCGACGACUACGACGAGCCCACUUCCUGUCUGGCCGAGCUGCGGGCCAAUCAGCUGCUGGACGGCGGUGUCCAGUACAGCCCGUGCGGAGGCGUCCACUACAGCCGCGCCGGCGUGGCCAGCUGCGGGGCGUGCGUGCGCGCGUACGGGGCCGAGCUCGGGCCGGAUCUGGCCCACGCGCACGCCAGCAGGGAUCUGGGCGGCGGCGGCGGCAGCGGCGGCGAGCUGGACGACUGCUGCCCUCUGCUGGGCGGGAAGGAAGGAAGGGUCAACCGCCGGGCGUCCUUCCUGCGCGCCACCUGGGGCAACGACCGCAUCCGCCAGGUGGACGAGACCAAGCCGGCUCACGGGCACGCUCACGGGCACGCUCACGGGCACGUGCCCGAGCUCUUCCCGCGCGUGGUGGUGGCGGCGGGCGGCUCCAAGCCCGUCUCUACGGCAGCGGCUCGUCUCUACGGCAGCACGGGCGACAGCGCGCUCUGCUACCCCGUCUCCGUGGAAACGGCCGCCUACCUGGACCCCGCCCACAUGGCCUCGUUUCCGUACCGACCGGCCAAGCUCAAGUACUCGCAGUCCGCCCGCCUGCCGUCGUACCGCGAGGCCCUGCUGCAGAACGCCCCCGUCUCCACGGCGACCGCGCUGCGCCGCUCGUCCUCGUCCACGGUGGUGCACAGACACUACUCCACCUACCUGAGCGCCUACGACACGCCCUUCUACCUGCCGCACACACACACACACACACACUCGCCGCGCCACGCCUGCCAGCUGUACCCGUGCCACACACACACACACACGCACGCACACACACACGCGCACUGUCACGAGGACCCCACCCUCGUCCCGCACCUGGCCAACCGCCAGCUGGUCUUCCAGAACAAUCUGUGCGGGCCGGCGGUGGGGGGGGGCGGCGGGGGGGCGAGGGCCGUCGUCGGGGGUUACGUCGGGCGGGAGGAUGCUGGGUUGCCGGGCAGCGGUGGUGGGCGGGAGAGGAGGCAGGUGCUGGUUGCUAGGAGACUGAAUAGCCCCUUCGUGCCAAAACCCUGGGGACGAUGCUCCAGCCUGGAGUCCGAGGUGUGAGACCGGACAGUGCUGGACGCGGACACGAGGAGACCGGACCUCAACAUACACACGCAGAGAGAGAGAUGAGGAGACCGGACCUCUCAACACUCAUUACACACAGAGUACAGACAGAGGGAGAGGGAGAGAGAGAGAGAGAG